AUGAAGCAAGUUGAUAUUAACAAGUUUUUCAAAAGACAGUUAGAUGUUGGAGACAACAAUUGUGAAGGAACUUCAAAAAAAAUAGGACUAAUGAAAAUAAUCAAGUCUAUUUGUGAUGAAAUUGGUAAAGAUGUGUUCAAUAUAUUAGUUGAUGAGUCUAGUGAUGUUUCCAAAAAAGAACAAAUGGCUAUAGUUUUAAGAUAUGUUGAUAGACUUGGGAUUGUAAAGGAAAGAUUUAUCGGAGUUGUUCACGUGUUGGAUACAUCCUCUUUGACUCUUAAAGCCGCCAUCGAUACUGUUUUUUCCAACAACAACUUGACUAUCGAUCAGGUGAGGGGGCAAGGUUAUGAUGGAGCAAGUAAUAUGAGUGGUGCAUUUAACGGUUUGAAAUAUUUGAUUUUAAAUGAAAAUAGUUUCGCACAUUAUAUACAUUGUUUUGCACACCAACUUCAAUUAGUAGUUGUGGCGGUUGCAAAGAAACAUGAUGAUGUUGAAGAAGUCUUUGAACAACUAGGUUUGGUGGUUACUGUCGUUUGUGGGUCUUGUAAGAGAAAAUAUAUGAUACGAGAGAUGCAAAAAGAAAGAGUGGCAGCCGAAAUUGGUAUUGGUGAAACUGAAACAGGAAGAGGGUUAAAUCAAGAGAUUUCUCUUGUUCGAGCUGGAGAUACUAGAUGGGGUUCACAUUUUAGAACAAUUGUAAGUUUGUUGAAUUUGUUUGCAGAAGUUGUUACGGUUCUUAAAUAUGUCAAAGAGGAGGGGUCUACUUUAUAUAACCGUAAUCAAGCAAAGGGUAUUUUGUCAUAUUUCAAAACACUUGAUUUCGUGUUUCUUUUACACUUAAUGUUGGAAAUUCUAUGUCUCACGGAUACUUUGUCAAAGCCUCUUCGAAAAAAAGAUCAAAAUAUUUUGGAAGCGACUUCGUUAGUAAAAGGGACAAAGAAAGCAUUGCUUGUUUUUAGAAAAGAUGGGUUUCCACAAAUUUGGAAGAAAGUAUGUGCUUUUAGUGAAAAGCAUAGUAUUAGAAUUGUGGACAUGUCAGAAUAUUAUGUUACCCCACGAAAGCGUAGGACCAAUAAGACUAAUCAACAUCAUUUUGAAGUUGUGAUUUUUAACACGAUUUUGGAUAUGCAAAUUCAAUAA